AUGACUGGAGCCAAAAGACUGAUGUCAGAGCUUAAAAAAAUACAAAAAGAUAACGACGGAUUAUUCGUUGCAGGUCCAAUUAGUGAUGAUGAUAUUUUCUUAUGGCAUUUCACAGUAAAAGGUCCAAAAGACACUCCAUUUGAAGGCGGUAUUUAUCAUGGCACAUUAACAUUUCCAUUAAAUUAUCCUUUAGCGCCGCCUGAUAUAACUUUCUUAACUCCAAAUGGAAGAUUUGCAACAGAUACAAGAUUAUGUUUAUCAUUUACUUCAUAUCAUCCAGAACAAUGGAAUCCUGGAUGGGACAUUAGAACUGCUCUUACAGCAUUGAUCGCAUUUUUCCCUACAAAUCCAGAAGGCGCAAUUGGAGGAAUUUAUACUGAUCCUGUUUCAGUAAGAAAGCUAGCAAAAGCCAGUAGAGAAUGGAAAUGUACUAAAUGCAGUCUCCAUAUCGACCCAGAUCCUCUUCCUGAAGAGAAAACUGAAGAACCAAAAGAGCCAGAAGAAAAUGAAGAUCAUUGCCACGACCAUGAACAUCCUGAAGAAGAGGAACUUCAUCAUGAUGAAAAUGACAACCAAGAACAACCAAAUAACGAAAAUGAAAAUAAUAUUUCCCAAGAAACUCCAAUUGAAGAAGAGCCAGUUCAAGAAAAUCCAUCACAGAAUGAAUUAGCUCAAGAAAAACCAGAAGAUAACGUUAAAAACCAAGAUGAAAUAAAUAAUCAAGUUUCAUCCCCAGAAAGUCUAGAAAAUACUAGCCAAGAAAACAUAAUUCCUGAUUCAGAAGCUAAUUCCAAUGGAAAUGUCCAAGAAAAACGUACUCCUUUUGAAAUUUUAACAACUGUUAUUACUGAUAUACCAUCUGAUAUUAAAGCCGAGACUGAGACACAAAUUGGUGCAUCAGAUUUGUUCAACAAUAAUAUUGUUGUUAAAGUAGUUAAUGAGCAAAAUACGAAUUCAGACAAUGCUGAGAAUUCUCAUGUUAUUAGAUUUAAUCCUCUUACAGAUGUAGCGUUCGUUAUUCUUAUUGUUUUUCUUGUUUUUUCAUUUAUACGAUUGUAA